ACACAUGAUGAAACAACAUGCCUCUUUUUCUAGUAGUGUAGUUCUUACGUUGUUUAAGUACAAUAAGUAAUGUUUUAAAAGUAUUUUUCCACGUGUACUUCAUCCACGCGUUCUCAGUUCAGACCCGGGUUCAUCGGAAACGUUGUCAGGAUGCCUGUCCUGUGCAGUAACUGUGUUGUCAAGCGUGCUGUGCUGAAACGUCCAAAAACAGGCCACUCGCUGUGCAAGGAAUGCUUCUUCUGGGCCUUUGAGGAGGAGGUGCAUCAGACGAUUGUGGCAGCUCAGCUGUUUAAAUCUGGGGAAAUAGUAGGAAUCGCUGCCUCGGGUGGAAAGGACUCCACGGUGCUCGCUCAUGUAAUGAAGGUCCUCAAUGAGCGAUACAGCUAUGGCCUCGAACUUAUGCUUCUCUCAGUGGAUGAGGGGAUCUCAGGUUACCGAGAUGACUCCUUGGAGACAGUAAAGAGGAAUCAGCAACAGUACGAGCUGCCACUGAAGAUUGUGUCCUACGAGGAGCUGUACGGCUGGACUAUGGAUGCUAUAGUGAAGCAGGUGGGACUGAAAAAUAACUGCACUUUCUGUGGAGUGUUCAGAAGGCAGGCGCUAGACAGAGGAGCCAUCAUGCUGAAAGUGGACAAAAUAUGUACAGGUCAUAAUGCUGAUGAUGUGGCGGAGACAGUCUUAAUGAACGUCUUGCGAGGGGACAUAGCUCGUCUGCGCCGCUGCACUGCCAUCUCCACAGCCAGUGAAGGUGAUGGGGUCGUGCCGCGGUGCAAGCCCCUCAAAUAUGCGUAUGAGAAAGAGAUUGUUCUGUACGCUUACUUUAAGAAGUUGGACUACUUCUCCACUGAAUGUAUCUACUCUCCCAAUGCUUAUCGUGGCCAUGCAAGGACCUUUCUAAAGGACCUGGAGAGUGUAAGGCCUAGCUCCAUUAUGGAUAUCAUCCACUCAGGGGAGAACCUGUCGGUGCGGGACGGGGUGAAGAUGCCUGUGCAGGGGACCUGCACCCGCUGUGGCUACAUCUCCAGCCAGGCUCUGUGUAAGUCCUGUGUCCUGCUGGAGGGGCUGAACCGAGGUCUGCCGAAGCUGGGCAUAGGCAAACACCACCGCCUGCAUGACAAAAUCCUCUCCCAGCAGCCCCUCACUGAGAGGGAGGAGAGGAAGCUGAAAUCAGUAGACUUUUGACAAUUAUUAUCCCGUUUUAUUUACCUAGGACUGAAGAUAUAUAGUUACAUUUUACAAUAAAUCACACUCAUCUUUUACACAAGUAAAGUACAGUCCAGUAAGUCAACUGCCUCAUCUGUUUUGAUUUAUUAAUAUUUAUUCAAAGUUUUUAUGAAAUAACAUAGAUUUAGUAAAACUGAGAAAACCUCUCAGACCAAUGAAGCAUCUUCACAGCAAAGAAAGUCCACACAGUGCAGCUUCACGGCUGAUAAUCAGGGAUUAUGGAGAUUCUAUGGAGACAUGGUUUUCAGUGGUUUAAAAAAAGUUAAUCUUCAGGUUAUGUCCAAUAAUUGAUGAAUGAUACAUGUACCCAGCUGUUUGUUUUGUAUUUUGCUUUCUGUAUUACAUGACAACAGAUGGUGUAAUUUUUCCAUGUCUGUACAAAACUUUGGUAUCAAAGUUCUGUGUUGAGUUAUUAAGUCAUUUUUAUUAUAAAAUUAUCAAACAAUUGGAAUCAGCAUCACUUGGAUUUCCAAAAACAACAAGUAAAAGACAUUUAAGAAGUGUACACCUGCUCGGUGUGUGAGGUGCAGAGACAAGGACUAGCUACUUUUUUAAGUGAGGUGGUUUUGUUUGUUUCCACAGCUAUGUGAUUUCUUAGUGAUGGCAUGUUUCAUUUUUGUAAUUUAUGACACUUAUUAUUUCUCAGUUCACCAACCUCUGGGGGAGAAUAUGAUGACAGAUAUGUUCACAUUCCAAGGUAUUUUAUGAACUAUAAUUUAAUAAAUGGAUUGUCCCAUA